AUGGUCCGUGUCUGCUGCCAGGGCAGGACGCAGUGCGCGAGCCCGCAGCUACACGAAGAUGUUCAUGAUUCCAUCGUCACGAUUGCCUCGGCCUUGCGCAUCAAGUCCAGAAAUGCUGCGGAGAGCACUAAUAUGGGUGCACCUCGCAGGCUUGCAGAGCCCACGCGUAUCGGGAAACUCUGGGUGAGCGCUCGAGUUCCGUUUCACAGCCGCGGUGAGCUUCGGCAGAUUCCGGCGCAGGCCUGGUUCAUGCAGCCGCUCUUCACGUGUGCGAUUGGCGGCAUCCUGCCCUUCGGCGCCGUCUUCACGGAGCUCUUUUUCAUCAUGUCGUCGCUGUGGCAACAUCAGUUCUACUACCUCUUUGGUUUCCUGGCCCUGGUGCUUGUCAUUCUGUUGAUCACCUGUGCAGAGAUCUCUAUCGCGCUGACGUACUUUCAGCUAACGGCCGAAAAUUACAACUGGUGGUGGAGGUCCUUUUUGGCGAGUGGCUCCUCUGCUGUCUACGUCUUCCUCUACUCCAUGAUGUACUUUAGCAGCCGGUUACAGAUCGACAAAGUG